AUGGCUAGCACAGUAGGAGAGACCAUCACUUGCAAGGGUGCCGUUGCCUGGAAUGCCGGCGAGCCUCUGUCUAUUGAAGACAUCGAGGUUGCCCCUCCCCGCGCCAACGAAGUGCGUAUCCAGAUCCACCACACCGGUGUCUGCCACACAGAUGCCUACACUCUCUCCGGAAAGGAUCCCGAGGGUGCUUUCCCCAUCGUCCUCGGACACGAGGGAGCCGGUAUCGUCGAGUCCAUCGGCGAGGGCGUAACCAACGUCAAGCCCGGCGACUACGUCGUCGCUCUUUACACCCCCGAGUGCCGCGAAUGCAAGUUCUGCAAGUCUGGCAAGACCAACCUCUGCGGAAAGAUCCGCGCCACCCAAGGUAAGGGUGUGAUGCCCGACGGAACCUCUCGCUUCAAGGCCCGCGGUAAGGACCUGCUUCACUUCAUGGGUACCUCCACCUUCGCUCAGUACACCGUUGUCGCCGAUAUCUCGGUUGUGCAAGUUACUCCCAAGAUCCCCACCGACCGAUCCUGUCUGCUUGGCUGUGGUAUCACGACCGGCUACGGUGCUGCCGUGGUGACCGCCAAGGUUGAGGAGGGUUCAAACGUCGCUAUCUUCGGCGCUGGCUGUGUCGGUCUUUCUGUUAUGCAGGGUGCCGUUAAGAACAAGGCUGGUAUGGUCAUUGCUGUUGAUGUUAAUGAUGACAAGGAGGCUUGGUCUCGCAAGUUCGGUGCUACUCACUUUGUCAACCCUACCAAGUUGUCUGGAAAGACUAUCCAGGAGCACUUGAUUGAGAUGACUGAUGGUGGAUGUGACUACACCUUUGACUGCACUGGUAACGUUGGUGUUAUGCGUGCUGCUCUGGAGGCCUGCCACAAGGGUUGGGGUGAGAGCAUUGUCAUUGGCGUCGCUGCUGCUGGUCAGGAGAUUGCCACUCGCCCAUUCCAAUUGGUUACCGGUCGUGUGUGGAAGGGAUGUGCCUUUGGUGGUAUCAAGGGUCGCACCCAGCUCCCCGGUCUGGUAGACGACUACCUGAACGGCGACCUAAUGGUUGACGAGUUCAUCACACACCGUGAGCCUCUGACCAACAUCAACACUGCCUUCGAGCAAAUGAAGAAGGGCGACUGCAUCCGUUGCGUCGUGGACAUGAAAUAG